AUGGAACCAAUUCGUAGAGAUUCAAAGAACAGUGAAGCUUCUUCAUCCGGAGGUGUAAAGCACGAACAAGGAGGAAUUUUUGGCCCUCUUGCUGCUCUUAGUUUCAACUUAGUGGUUGCUGUUGGCAUCAUUUUCAUGAACAAAUGGGUUCUUCAAAAUGUUGGGUUCCAGUUGCCAGUAUCUCUGACUGUUAUUCAUUAUGCUUUCAGCUGGGGAUUAAUGGCAAGUUUGAAAUUCUUUUCUGUCAUUCCUGCAUCUCCUUCAUCAGUGUUGACCCCUUCAUAUUUGUUUACUUUCGGCUUGGUUAACUCUGUGUCUACUGGCCUUGCUAAUGUCAGCUUGAAGUACAAUAGUGUGGGAUUUUAUCAGAUGGCUAAGAUUGCCAUUACUCCAUUGAUUGUCCUGCUAGAAUUUAUAUGGUACAAGAAGAGAAUCGCUUUCUCAAAGAAACGUGCGGCCAAUCCAUUUGUGCUUCUAGAAACGCUGACUGGAUCUUCUAGAAGGUGCUGA